AUGAGCGGCGUGGGGCGAAUUUUUUCACUGUACCGGUCGAUCUUGCGAGCGCAUCGCAACUUGCCGGGUCCGAUGAAGGAACUCGGCGGUACUUACGCGCGAGAGGAGUUUAGGACGCAUCUUCGUUCGGAGAAAAUACAAGAAAAGCAAUGGCGCACGUUUGUGGAGUCUUGGCAGAGUUAUGUAGAGUCACUUCGAGGAGACGCCGGCAAAGUUGUCUCUGGCGACUUGACGGAAGACGUCAUCGAGCAACUUACUCCCGAACAAAGACAGCAGCUCGAGCGAUUAAAAGACGAGGCGAUGCGACUUAAACUUGAGCUGGAUGCGUCAGAAUUUAACCAGUAG